AUGCAAAUUACAGACGUCUUUGAAUGCCCUAACAAGACUGUAACAAGACAAAGUUCUUCGCAAAGAAAAAGUCGUCGUCCGUGUGGGAAGCUGCACUGCUUAAACUUCGUUUUCCCUGCCGAAAACCAAACCCUUGGCCCAGUCUGCCGCGGUUGCGAAGCGUCGUCGUCGUCCGUUUCGUUGUCGAUGCUUAAGGUCCCUAUUGUAACAAGCAGGACGAAACAAAUUACCUCUGAAUUAUUACAGUGGAAGAAUAAGAGAGGGAGAGACUAUUUCACUAAACAAAAGGAGAGAAGACAUAUUAGAGGAGGUCAAGUGAUAGUUGGAGAAUUGAAACUCACCUUGAGUUGUUAUUUAAACCUUGUAAAGGAAAGGGAUGCUCUAGUAUCAAAUGACUUGCAGGUUCUAAUUUAUGAAGAUAGAGUGAAGGAUGAACAUCUUGUAUAUGAAAGAGAAAGGCAGCGGGAUAGAGAGAAUUUGCAUAAUUUUACACAUAAAGUUGUAUCUAGAGAUGAGAAGCAGAUUCUGAACAAUGGUGGUGGAUUUGUUUUGAAGGACAAUACGAUAUUAGAUGAUAAGAGGAAGCACCGCAUAAUGAAACGUCAGACUGGGCUGGCUGUAUUAAGUUAUGUGGAAUACUUAGCUGGUUUAAAGGUGAAAGGUAGGAGAAUGAGAGGGGGAGGUAGUAGGGUGAAUGUUAGGAAAGAAAUUAUGCGCUACUUUUUCCAUCCUAGGGUAGGCUAUUUAGAGAGAAGGUUUAUUAAUAAGGCUUUAAAAUUAACUGAUUUUUACUCUAUCAAGUCUGUUAGAAGCAAUUUUUCUCUACAGGUUAGGGGGAUGAGCAGUAUAAAAGGUGGGUUAAAACUCUUAGAAGAUUUGAGUCGGGAUAAUGCUUUCAUUUUACGGGAAAGCAAUAAAAAUUUGGGUUGGUCUCUUAAUACUUCUACUUGGUAUAACCAGGAAUAUGAUAGGCAUUUAAAGUCUGUUUUUUAUCAAAAGGUUGGAAGCAUGGGGGAUGUAGACAAUAUUAAACACUCUUGUCGGUUAUCUUUACACGCUAUUUUAAAGAAACAUAUAGGGGUGUUGUCUACUAACGAAUAUAAAAGUUUUAACUUGGGUAAUGGUAUAGAGGAUUACAUUUUACGGAGCCUGAAUUGAUCCCCUAAGGUUCAUUUGAACUUAUUAUCAUUUGAAACAUCGAUAAUAAAUAUUUUGUAUUUUUUUUGACCUAAUAAUGUUCCCUUUAAAUUUUUAUGGGUUAAUAAUUUUUAUACCUGGUAAGGGGUCCUCCAGUGCUUUAAGAUUCAUAUUGUACUGCCAGUGUUUAAAUAAAGAUGGUUGUUUUGUAUUUUAUUGCAGCGUGAAAGUCAUUCCAGUUACAAGUAUUGUCAGGAAGGCUGCCCUACUGGAAGGACAGGAGAAAAAACUUUUUGUUGCUUAAGUGCCUUUUCAUACCUGUUAGGCACUUUACAAAUUGUUUGUGUCUGAGACUGGAAGACAUGAAGAAAGAAUCAAAGAGCCUAAUCAAGAAAUAUGA